AUGUUCGCUGCCGUCAUGCUACCGUCCACCUUUGGCGGCAGCGCCUCCCCCAUGACACCCUCCGUCAUGCCACCAUAUCGGCCAGCCCGGCCGUCUCCUCUGUCGUCAUCGCCCAUCCGUGCUGCCUCUCCAACGAAGACGGCCUUUGCUCAGAACAUGGACUCAUCACCGGUCCUCAGCUCGCCGCCCAUGCAUGCCUCCUCGCCCAUCCGCGCCGCGUCAUCGGCGCCGGCCGUUCGGCUCUUCUCCCCCGCAGACACCCAGUCGUCUCCCGUGCAGUCGUCCUCGUCCGCUUCAUUAGCAUUGGCAUCACCAUGGCUGUCCGCUGCUACACCACAGCCACUCGGCAAAACCGCCGACAACGCAAAGACGUUCCUUCGCUUUGCAUCCCGCCCAGCCAAGGCACCACCUCGCCAGAGCCGUGAGGACACCCGCCAGACUCGACGGUCUCUGUUCCUACGCAAUGUACGACAGCGGGCCGGCGAUCAGUCUUGGGAUCGGCGCAAUUGCGAACAGGAGAUCCAAAAGCUUGAGUGGUGGUCUCUGGAGCGCGAGAUUCGACAGGCCAAAGAGGCAGACUCGCUGAGCAUGCUCACGGAACACGACUUUGACGACGCUGCUGAAUGGACACAGCACCCAUCACGUCUGACCUCCUCGUACGUGGACGACGACGAUGGCUACGAUCACAUGGAUGACGACGACGACGCAGACGAGCAGAUGGCAGAGACCCUGGCCCGGGAAGAAGAGGCCGAGCUGGAGGCCAUGAUUGCGUCCAUGGACGAGACCACGCAGCUGGCAUGGGCAGCAGACAGCCAGCAAUACCCACAACGACCAGCACGGUCACCAUCGCCACAUGGGACCAAUUUCUCGGACGACGGCGAAUACGACGUCCUCUUUGCGGAGCUGCUGUCGGGCCAGACCCAGGCGCCCGCUUCAGAGGAUAUGGACAUGGCUUGA